AUGGCCAUUGGGUUGGCUGGGUACGGGCCCGACUCGACGGGUUACCGGGCCUGGAAACACUUAUAUGGACCCGGGGCCUGGAUCUAUUCUAAUUCCGGGCACAAGUUCCGGCGGCCGGUGAAUCCUACGACAAAGAUGGUUGCCUUUGGAAAAAAGCUGAAGGAAAGGCAAAUUCAAGAAUGGCAAGGAUAUUACAUCAAUUACAAAUUAAUGAAGAAAAAGGUGAAGCAGUAUGCUAAUCAAAUUGAAGCUGGAGCACUAGAUCGUCGACACGUUCUCAAGGACUUCUCAAGAAUGCUGGAUAUUCAGAUAGAGAAAAUUGUUCUCUUUAUGUUGGAACAGCAAGGCCUCAUUGCCAGCCGGAUCGCAAAGCUUGGUGAACAACAAGAGGCUCUUCAGGAAGAGCCUGACAUAUCCAAACUAUGUGAGCUACGAGAAGCCUACAGAGCAGUUGGGCAGGAUCUUCUAAGACUUCUCUUUUUCGUUGAAAUGAAUGCCAUUGGUCUGCGAAAGAUCCUUAAGAAGUUUGAUAAGCGUCUUGGAUAUAAAUUCACUGAUUAUUAUGUCAAAACUCGUGCCAACCAUCCCUACUCCCAGCUUCAGCAGGUCUUCAAGCAUGUGGGUUUGGGAGCUGUUGUAGGAGCAAUAUCUCGUAACCUCGGAGAUCUUCAGGAUCGUCAGGGAAGCUACUUAUCGAUUUAUGACCAACCUGCACUUCCUCUUGAGGAUCCUGUUGUUGACUCACUAAAACAAGCAGCCGACAGAUUGACCCACUCGACAAAUUUCCUAAGCUUUUUGGGUCAACAUGCACUUAUCAUGCAGGAAGAGUUACCUUCUCAAGUUGAGGAACCUGCUGAUGAGGAGAGAUACCAUUUCAUGUCACUCAUUCUCAACCUGGCAAACACUUUCCUUUACAUGGUCAAUACAUACAUUAUUGUCCCCACUGCUGAUGACUACUCACUGAGCCUAGGGGCACCAGCUACAGUCUGUGGUGUAGUGAUUGGGGCAAUGGCAGUAGCACAGAUAUUUUCUUCUGUGUACUUCAGUGCUUGGUCCAACAAGUCUUACUUCAAGCCGUUGGUGUUUAGCAGCAUAGUUCUUUUCAUUGGAAAUGCUAUGUAUGCCUACGCAUAUGAUCUUAAUUCGAUAUCAGUACUUCUGAUUGGUCGAAUAUUUUGUGGUUUGGGUUCUGCCAGAGCAGUUAACAGACGUUACAUUAGCGACUGUGUGCCACUCAAAAUCCGCAUGCAAGCGUCAGCUGGUUUUGUUAGUGCCAGUGCAUUGGGGAUGGCAUGUGGUCCUGCACUAGCUGGAUUACUUCAAACUAAUUUCAAAAUCUUCAACAUCACUUUUAACCAAGACACUUUGCCUGGUUGGGUAAUGUCUGUGGCUUGGUUGUUCUAUUUAGUAUGGUUGUGGAUUUCGUUCAGAGAACCUUCUCAUGAUACUGAAGCCAACCAGGAUCCAAAAGAAUCUAGUGCCGCACAAAAUGAUAAGCUUGAGAAGGGCCUUGCACAACCGUUACUUACGUCAGGAGAACAUCAAGAUGAUGAUGAUGAUGAUGAUGAUGAUGAUGGGGAUCAAGAAUAUGAUAGAAGUGAAGAGGCUAAAGAGGAAUCUCGUCUGCCAGCCAAUUCUUUUGGAUCAGCCUAUAAUUUACUCACACCUUCUGUAAAGGUUCAGUUGUUGAUAUACUUCAUGCUUAAAUAUGCAAUGGAAAUUCUACUUUCAGAAUCAAGUGUGAUCACAACAUACUAUUUUGGUUGGACGACUAGCAAAGUGUCGAUCUUUCUUGCGUGUCUUGGUCUCACUGUUCUUCCAAUAAACAUCAUUGUUGGAAGUUAUAUAAGCAAUAUGUACGAGGACAGGCAAAUAUUAUUGGCAUCAGAAAUCGUCGUCUUGCUGGGUAUAGUUUUCAGCUUCAAGUUUAUAAUCCCAUAUUCUGUGCCACAAUAUGUCUGCUCUGGUCUCGUCAUGUUUGUAGCUGCUGAAGUAUUGGAAGGGACAUCAUGCAUAAAAAUUUUAUCGGUUUUGAAUUACAGGUGUCAAUCUGUCACUGCUCUCCAGAGUGAUGUCGUCCAGGCUUUCGCGUGGGACCUACAACGGCGGCCUUUUGUCGACUGA